AUGCAAUCAAAAUCAAAUUAGAAUUCCAGAAGCGGAAGUUUCCAUAGAAGUAAAUAAAAAAGGAAGAGAAAACCAAAACCCUCUCGUCUUUCUGCCACCCUCACCUGCUCCGCCUUCUUCACACCGUCCAAUUCCUCCGUUUCAGUGGUCCAGUGCCUCGGCCGCCGUCGCCUCCGUCGCCUCCGCCAGUCUGUGUGGAAGUGAAUCGAAGCGAAGUAAAGAAGAAGAAAAACUCCUGGUUCAGAUUUCGGUACUUCGCGAUAAGAUAAGUGGAGCAGCGUAAAACGGUACACCGCGCCGCACUUUAUCCGGCCACCUCCUUCUAUUUCUAAUCGCGCUAUGGCUCUUGUUUCAAACACUGGUUCGAUUCACCGGAUUGGUGCUGGAACUGUACGGUACAGAGGAGGAAGAAUGGCUUUCAACUUGCCGACUCAUAUGGAGUCGUUGAAGAUGAAGGACAAUCCUAUUGGUUCGUCUUCUCUAUCGUGUAGCUCUGGUAAUAUUACGCAUGGUUUGCAUGUAGACAGAGUGAGGAUGGCGUCGAAGCUCGGAGGCAGGAUGAUUGUUGCUGCGAGUCCUCCGACUGAGGACGCUACAGUGGCUACUGAACCGUUGACAAAAGAGGAUCUCGUGGCUUAUCUAGCUUCUGGAUGCAAGCCGAAGGAAAAAUGGAGAAUUGGUACAGAACAUGAGAAGUUUGGUUUCGAGGUUGGAACUUUACGUCCCAUGAAGUAUGACCAAAUAGCUGGGUUGCUUAAUGGGAUUGCCGAGAGGUUUGACUGGGAAAAAAUAAUGGAGGGUGACAACAUCAUAGGGCUCCAGCAGGGAAAGCAAAGUAUUUCACUGGAGCCUGGUGGUCAAUUUGAACUCAGUGGUGCCCCUCUUGAAACUUUGCAUCAAACCUGUGCUGAAGUUAAUUCACAUCUUUACCAGGUGAAAGCUGUUGCUGAGGAAAUGGGUAUUGGAUUUUUAGGAAUUGGAUUCCAGCCUAAAUGGAAACGGGAGGAUAUACCUAUAAUGCCCAAGGGACGAUAUGAGAUUAUGAGGAAUUACAUGCCCAAAGUUGGUUCACUUGGACUGGAUAUGAUGUUUAGGACAUGCACUGUGCAGGUUAAUCUAGAUUUUGAUUCAGAAGCUGACAUGAUCAAAAAGUUCCGAGUGGGUCUUGCUUUACAACCUAUAGCAACUGCUCUCUUUGCCAAUUCACCAUUUACCGAAGGAAAGCCAAAUGGUUAUUUGAGCAUGAGAAGGUUCUAUCAGUACCCAUGCUCUUGUUUCUUUUCGUUUAAAUCCUCUUUUUUAUUUGAGAAGUAUGUUGAUUAUGCUCUUGAUGUUCCAAUGUACUUCGUAUAUCGGAAUAAGAAGUAUAUUGACUGUUCUGGAAUGUCCUUCAGGGACUUUAUGGCAGGAAAGCUCGCUCCAGUUCCUGGACAGUUUCCUACCCUUACUGAUUGGGAAAAUCAUUUGACUACGAUAUUUCCAGAGGUCAGACUGAAGAGAUAUUUGGAGAUGAGAGGUAGUGAUGGAGGCCCUUGGAGGAGAUUAUGUGCUCUGCCAGCAUUUUGGGUUGGUUUGUUAUAUGACGAAGAUUCCCUGCAAAAUAUUUUAGACAUAACAGCUGACUGGACAACCGAAGAAAGACAGAUGUUGAGGAAUAAGGUUCCAAAAACCGGUCUCAAUACUCCAUUUCGUGAUGGGUUGGUGAGGCACAUUGCUCAAGAUAUUGUUAAGAUAGCAAAGGAAGGCUUAGAGAGAAGAGGUUUCAAGGAGUCUGGGUUCUUGAAUGAGGUGACUGAAGUAGCUAGAACAGGUGUGACACCAGCUGAAAAGCUGUUGGAAUUGUACAACGGGAAAUGGGGACACAAUGUCGAUCCAGUUUUCGAGGAGCUUCUAUAUUGAGCUCUGCAUCUCUUCUACUGUAACCUUGCAAUGGAACACUGGUAGGCUGUGCUGUUAUAAUGUGUUAAGUCUCCCCCCCUCGUUUUCUGCACAUCUCAGUUUUAACAAUUCACGUCCUCUUUGAAUAAUUGAAAUUGAUACAUGAACAAUAACUUUGGUGGUAUUUUCAUAUAGUUGUUGUAAUUCUAUGUUGCUGCCCUUCCUUUGAUUGUGGUAAAUUGUAACCACACCAAAAAAAAAAAAAAAAAACUAUAGGAUGUUCAUUGUAGUGAAGAAUCAGAGCUUCUUAUUGAGCCAUUUUUCUGUCAUGUCAUUGACAGUAAUCAAUAAACCUUCUGUUCAUCCU